AUGGACCAGGAACAGCUGCGGAAACGUAUGUCGCAGAUCGAGCUGGAGAUCCAGGAGAUGAACAGUGUGAUCGACGAGAACUUGCAACUGGACGACGGCAAUGGGAAGUUGCCGGACGACGACGCGUCGUUGGACGAAGAGAUGGACGCAAGAAAGGUGUUGCGAGAGAAGUUUCUAGCGAACUGCGAGCGGAGUGUGGAGGGGGGCGAGAAUGGCAGAGAAGGUGGUACGGUAGCGGGGAGUGUCCCCGGUGCGAGAGACGGUGUGGAAACUGAUAAAACCAUAGAAUCUGUUGAAGAUGCUACUGAUGCGCACCCUAUGGAGAGUACACUCCGCGCACACGCCAGUGAAGACUCUGCCCAGGCUGUGGAGGAAGUUAGAACCACACAACCUGUAGAGGAAGCUAGAAACACUCAUCCUGUGGAGACUGCUACGCACUCACAACCUGUCGAAACUACAACAAACCCACAUCCUGUGGAGACUGCUACGCAUUCACACCCAAUUAAAGAUACCUCUGCUGAACACUCUACGCAAUUGGACUCGUCCUCUCACUCGCCCUCUUUCUCUCCACCACACUCCCCGACCUUGCCCCAACCACUCCCUCGACCCUCCCACACUCGCACCUCUGCCCACCCCCACACCCUCCGCAAAACGUCCAAUCCAAGUCCGUUCCGCGUGGUCUCCGUUUCCAAAAACCCUGACCACUCCCAGGCCCAGAAACUACAAGCCAGACACGACUAUCUCACCUGCAAAUGCACCAAACUGCAGCGCGAGAUCCAAUACCUCUCGGAUCUGCGCGACCGCGGUGCUUUGACCCCAGACGACGCCCACAAGAUCUCCAAUGCCUUGCAACAGCUACAAGAAUACCUGGACCGCAAGACUAAGGAACGCUACGAGGUAGGCGUGCUUUUAAGCCGACAGCUUAGACGAGAAAUCGACCGCGGCGAAAACGGUCAAUUCUGGGUCGGAAACUGA